GUUGACUCGUAUCAUAACCUAUCAAGUUUCCUUAUAUUUAAUAUUUUAGAUUGUUAAUAAGAUAGUGAAAACUUAAAAUGGCUAAAGUUAAAAACAAACGCAAUUCUGGUAAGGCUGACAAAGUCCACAUAAAGAGUAAAACCGAAGCGAAUAAGAAGAAAUUAAAUCCAUUCGAAGUUCACAUUAAUAGAGAAAAAUUAAAAGUAUUAGGCAAAAAAUCCAAACAUGACCGUGGUUUACCUGGUGUUUCUCGUGCUAAAGCUAUUCAAAAGAGAAAGGAAACUCUUGGUGUUGAAAUGAAAGUAAUGAAUAAAACAAAUGCAUUCAUUGACCGACGGAUCGGUGAGAAAAACGCACAACUGUCAGCUGAAGACAGAAUGAUAGCCAGAUUUGCUGCGGAGAGAGCAAAGCAGCAUAGUAAGAAAAAUAUAUACAAUUUAGCAGAUGAUGAGAUAUUGACACACAGAGGUCAAACUCUGGAACAGAUUGAGAAAUUUGACGACCCAAGAUCUGAUGAUGAAGAUGAAGAAGGUGGUAAAAGAUUUGGUGGUCUAGAUGAUGAAUUUGUAUCGGACGGUCAUUUCGGAGGUGGUAUUUUAUCAAAAACUAAUACACAAGAUGGUGCGAAAUCGCAUAAAGAUUUAAUUGAGCAAUUGAUUGCGGAAUCGAAGAAGAGAAAAGCAGAGAAACAGAAAGAGAAAGAACAGACUUUGGAUCUGACGGAGAAGUUAGAUAGCGAAUGGAAAGAUUUACAGCCAGUUGUGUUUAAGAAGGCAAGAGUUGAAGAAUCACUGAUAGAUAAGUUGUUAAGUAAAGCAGACAAGGGGCAAGAUUAUGAUAAAAUGAUGAGAGAACUUAAGUUUGAAAAGAGAGGAACUCCAUCGGAUGGAUUGAAAAGUACAGAAAAGCAAGAAGCAGAAGAAAGAAAGAAGUUGGAAGAGUUGGAGAGGCAGAGGGAGCAGAGAAUGUUACCAGAAGAAGAAGCAAAUGCACCGAAAUCUAAUCCAGCUGCUCUUAAACACAGGUCAGCAGACGACCUGGACGAUAAUUUUGAACUGGACGACGAGAAAGAAUUUAUGUUGGCGUACGAUAAAGAGGGGAAACCUCUGGUACCUGAACAUGUGCUGAAAGAUUUCACAGUUCCAAAUGCAAAGCCUAAAUUCAAUGAUGGAAUAUCGGACACAUCAUCAGAUGAUGAAGAAGGUAGUGAAGAAGAAGAAAAUGAAGAAGGUAACGAAAGUGAUGAUGAAGAUGGUAACAAAAAUGAAAAAGUUGAAUCAGAAAAUGAAGAAGGUAAUAAAAAAGAAAACAGCAUUGAUGAAACUAAUUUAGUUUCAAAUAAAGUUGAAUCUGAAGCAUCUAGUGACGAAAAAGAUGAAAGUGAUGAAGAAUGUAACAAAUUAAAAAAACCUAAAGCAAAUGGUGUCAGUAAAGCUAUGGAGGAAUCUGAAAAUUCCAAUGAUGAAUCUAGCGGUGAUGAUGAUGAAUCGAAUAAAAAUGAAUUUGAUGAUUUAAGAGAUUUGAAAGAAUCAGAAGACGAAUCUGAUGAUGAAAUGUUAGAAGAAAGUAGUCAAAAAAUUGAUUCGUUUUUCGAUUUGAAAUCUGAGGAAGGUGCUAAUCUAAAAGAAUUAUUGACAGGAAAAUCUCCAUCUCAACAAUCAGCAGCCCUUGAAAAAUUAAUAAAAAGCUACGAUCCCAGUUUAUCUGAGAAUAAUAAAGAGUUACUUAGUAGGUUGUAUGCACAUAUGUUACAAUAUGUUAACGAUAUCUUCUCAAAUCUGAAUGACGAAGGAGAAAUUAUGAAAUCUUUUCUUAUAUUCAAUAAAUUGGUUCCACAUUUCUACGAUUUGGCGCAAACCAAUAAAGUUUCGGCGAAGAAAUUUUUAUGUGACGUAUUAAAAGAGAAACACGAUAAAUUCAAAAAGAAUCCAAAGAGAGUACCCGAUUUAGAUACGUUGAUAUUUUUCAAACUUGUAUCCCUUUUAUACCCAACUUCGGAUUUCCGACAUCCCGUUACGACGCCAUCUUUGAUUUUUAUGUCGGAAAUUUUAUCUUAUUGCAGAUUUAAAGAUGCAUAUUCAGUUUCUAGAGGUUUUUUCGUUACUGCGUUAAUUUUAGAGUACACGGCGCUAUCUAAAAGAUUCGUUCCCUCUGCGGUAAAUUUUUUGCGUGGUAUUUUAUAUUUGAGCGCGAAUACUUCAGUAUUAAAUCCGAUACAAGUUGUGCCGCCAUUUCGUUUGCACAAAGAUGUCAAAAUUUUGAAUUUGGAAGACGAUUGUUCUAAAGUUGCGUUCGAAAACAAAAUGUCCACGAAGGAUUUAAUAAGAACUGACAUAGACAAUGCGUUCAAGAUUACUUGUUUACUAACUUGUGUAUUAAUGUUGAAAGAAUUUUUUGACAAUUACAAUGAUUUGGAGGCACAAGAGGCUAUUUUUGAGGCGCAUAUAAAAUUUAUGGGCAGAUUGGAUUUAGAUUUGUAUCCGAAGAAAGUUAGAAGUACUGUAUCAGAAGUGCUACAACAUAUGAAAGAAAGUUUGGAAGUAAAAACUUAUACGCCAUUAGCAAGAGAGAAGGUUAGACCUAAGGCAUUAAGAUUGUAUGAACCUGACAUUCAAGAAGUCUUCACUGGUAGUAAGAGUUCUAAGUUAUCCCGUGAAAAGGCGGAGAAGGCGAGACUGCAGGGUAAAUAUAAAAAGGAGAUGAAGGGAGCUCUAAGAGAGAUAAGAAGAGACAAAGCGUACAUUGCCUCUGUUAAGAUAAGGCAGAAGAUUCACAGUGACAAUAUCCGUAAAGAAAAGGUGAAACAGAUCUACAAGGAUGCGUCAAUACAACAGGGAGAAUUGAACAAAUUGAAACGAAUGAAAUAAUAUUGAUUUUUAAACUUUAUUCAUUAU